AACUCCGACAAAACAGUCACUGGUUUUCGACUCUAAUCUUCUGAACAGUUCAGGAGGUAUCAAUGUAACCAAAGAGUCUUUGAUAAUUCUUGCUAUUGUCAAUAUCGUUGUUUUCUUAUAAUUAAAACAUAAAAGUUAUUUAUAUUAAAAAGAAUAAAGAGAGUGAUGUAGUGGAAUAUCAAGUUGUACGAUUAAGUUUUAGUGAAGUUUUAUCAUCAAUCGAUUGAUUUUUAAAACGUCAAUUAAGUGCCAACUAGAUUUUUUCAGGAAAAAAGUGAUAUUAAAUAUUGAUAAAAAGGAAUAUAAAAAUAAAAUUCCUGGAGAACUAAUUUAUCAAUUAAAGAACUAAACAACUAAACGACUAAUUUCGAUGGCUGCAAGGUAUUUGAGACUAUUGAAAAGAUUAUUUUAUGGGUGUUAUUAGUAGAGUAUUUUGAACAUCAUCUUGACAAGACGUGUUUCAAGAUGUCCGAUAAAGAGAUAAAAAAAUCGGAUUCCUCAAAAGGAAUGAACGAUUCUGCGGAAAAUCCAAGAUUAUGCUCUUUUAGCAUCGAAAGACUACUAGCACCGAACAAGAUAGACGAAGAAGAAAAUAAAUUCUCGCAACAGACUGAUUUAUCUUUGUUUUGUCAAGAAAAUAAUGAAUUGGAGACGAGAAUGCUUGUUGCACCCGAUUCAUCCAUGUCAAUGGCGGAGGAAAUUGAGCUCGACGAUACCGACAUAGUAUGCUCGACAUCUCCUGAGCCAGAGAUGUAUUACGAAGCAUGCACCAGCAGCAGUGGCGCGAAUUCAACCACGAGUGCGGACAUCCAGGAGAAGACUGCCGCCGCUAUUAGCGACGACGAAAGGAAGAAGAGACCACGCACGGCGUUCACCGCCACGCAAAUUAAAUCUUUGGAGGCAGAAUUCGAGAGGAAUAAGUAUUUGAGCGUGGCGAAACGGCUGCAGCUGAGCAAAAACUUGAAGCUCACCGAAACACAAAUAAAGAUAUGGUUUCAAAAUAGACGGACGAAAUGGAAAAGGAAGUACACUAAUGACGUCGAGUUAUUAGCGCAGCAAUACUACUCGAGCUUAGGAAUUCCAGCACCGCGACCCAUUUUUGUCGGUGAUCGUUUAUGGUUCUUCAAUUAUCCGGGACAACCACAAUCAGGAGUACCGUUAUUCCCGCAGCAUUUAACACCAUUGUCAUUACCUCCUGCAUUACCUAUUGUUCAACCAUUGCCUACUAAUCUAUCGAUAAGACAGCAAACAUCCAUUUUUCAAAACGCACCAACCAGUCAUCUCACACAUCAUCUAACUCAGAGAUUGGACUUCAGGCAUCAUGAUCCUUAGUUUUCAAUAAAUUAUUGAUGACCAGUAUAAAACUAAUUAAUAAUUAGCGUACAAAGCAGUACAAGACUAUAAAUUACAUAAAUCUAGAUUUGCCAGCGAUAAUGAUCAUUAUAUUGAUGUACUUUUUGCGUUCCGCGUAUCAUAUCGAGAUAUCAAUCAAGAUGCAAUGCAUAAUCGUAAUUAUUUUUAUUUUUUAAUUAAGUUAAAUUGCAUAAAGUAUAUCUGUAUUUUCAUAAAACACAUAUUAAAUAUUAUGAAUAUCUUUUUCUUGGCUUAAUUUUGUAUGGCUUAUAAGAUUCGGGCUCUUUCGCUGUGUGAUAUUGUUUGUAUGACCGAAUAUAAUUAGAAGCGAGAAAUAAUAUAACUUGCAAUAUUUUAUUUUUUAAUUUUUUCUUAAAAAUAUAAUCCUAAAACCUGUAAAAUAUACGACAAACUGAGAUAUCUAUCUGAUAUUACGUACAAGUGUAAAAAACUUUAAAAAAAUAAAUGUUACACUUUUUAGCUAAAAAUAUACCAUAGAAGUUUUGACAAUUGAGAAAUGUAACCCUAUUUGAAAAUUUAUUUUAACAUCAUAUAAACAAUAUCGCAAGAAAGCCAAGCUUUUAAUAAAUUAAAAUUAAUGUAUACUUGAGGAAUUAAUGAAAAAAAAUGUUAUGAGUAACCGAGAUAC